AUGAAUUCUGUACUGAUAAUAUUCGCCGUUAUGCUCUCUGCUGCAGCGGCCGAUCCAGCUGUUGUAAUAAGCAAUGGCAUACUGACUUCACCAUCAGCCGCAUACAUUGCCUCAUCACCUUUGGUUUCACCUGUCGGAGCACCCUUCGCAUCUCUCAACUCACUCCCCGUGUCCACACUACCGUACACGGCCGUAUCCUCAUUACCGUACACGGCCGUGUCUGACUACAGAUACUCCUAUGGUUCAGGCCUAAGCUAUCAGGAUUACGCGCCAGUUGCCCUAUCUGGAUCAGCUGUAUCGCUUCCUUACACCUUGCCUUAUGCCUAUGCUGCUGAUUGGUACUACCGGAAGUAA